AUGAGCAAGGAGUGGAGGGGGGCGUGGUCUCUGGAGAUUCUGGAUCUCUCUUUACCUGAGAGAGAGUCAGAGAGGUGGGGAAGGGAGCGGGAGGGUGGGUGGAGAGAACAUGUUUUAAAUGAGCGGCCAGUAGGAAUAGCAAGUUAGCUAGCUGCUACUCCUGUUAGAUGGCUAACAGAGGAGUGUGUGUGUUAACUUACCUCUGUAUUGCUGUGGUAGUGUAUGAAGCUGGCAGACACAGCAUGGCUGAAGGGGUCUGUCUUUGGAGUCAUAUCCUGUUUCACUAACAGAGACAGAUCUACCAGCUAGAGAGAGAGAACAAGGGAGUGAAUCUUGUAAUCCAAACAGAGCAACAAUACAACCCACAUAAAAAAAAUAAUACAGUUUACUAUAGAACACUAUAGUACCUACUAUAGAAUUCUGUAGUAUACUGUAGAAUCCGUCGAUCGUGUAGUGCUUACUAUAGACUUGUAUUAUACUGGAGAAAACUAUACUACACACUACUAUCCCUUGAUCAUGUGUAGUACUUACUUUAGAGUGUUCUAGUAUACUGUACAAUACUAUACAUUGUAGUAUCCCUUGAUUGUGUAGUGCUUACUAUAGAAUUGUGUAGUAUACUGGAGAAUUCUAUAUUACACAUUGUAGUAUCCUUCGCUCGUGUGCAGUGGUUACUUUAAUAUUUUGCAUUAUACUGUAGAAUACUUUACUACACACUGUAGUAUCAAAUACAAUUGUAUUUGUCACAUGCGCCAAAUACAACAGGUGUAUACCUUACCGUGAAAUACUUACUUACAGGCCCUUAACCAACAAUGCAGAGUAACACAAUUAUUGCUAAAUAAACUAAAGUCAAAAAAGUAACACAAUACAAUAACGAGGCUAUAUUCAGGGGGUAAAUAAACUAAAGUAAAAAAAGUUACACAAUAAAAUAACAAUAAUGAGGCAAUAUACAGGGGGUACCGAGUCAAUGUGCGGGGGUACGGGUUAGUCGAGGUAAUUGAGGUAAUAUGUACAUGUAGGUAGGGGUAAAGUGACUAUGCAUAGAUAAUAAACAGCGAGUAGCAGCAGCGUAAAAAUGAGGGUCAAUGCAUAUAGUCCAAAUAGCCAUUACUUAGGUUUGCCUUAACAAAGGGGUUGAAUACUUAUUGAUUCAAGACAUUUCAGAUUUUCAUGUUUUAAUUAAUGUGUAAAAAUGUAUAAAAACAUCCACUUUGACAUUAUGAGAUAUUGUGUGUUGGCCAGUGACAACAAAAUGUGGAAAAAGUCAACGGGUGUGAAUACUUUCUGAAGGCACUGUGGGACUCCAGACAGUCACAGAUUAUAAAGGGAAAGCCAGCCACGUCGCGGACACCGACGCCUCGCUUCCGGACAAGCUAAACACUUUCUUCGCCUGCUUCGAGGAAAACACAGAGCCGCCGAGGCGGGCCUCCGCCGCUCACAAGGACUGUGAGCUAUCGUUCUCCGUGGCCGACGUGAGUAAGACAUUUAAGCGUUAAACCUCGGAAGGCUGCCAGCCCAGACGGCAUCCCAAACCACGUCCUUAGGGCAUGUGCAGACCAGCUGGCUGGAGUGUUUAUGGACAUAUUCAAUCUCUCCCUAUCCCAGUCUGCUGUUCGCACUUGCUACAAGAUGUCCAUCAUUGUUCCUGUACCCAAGAAUGUGAAGGGAACUGAACUAAAUUACUAUCGCCCCAUAGCACUCACUUCUGUCAUCAUGAAGUGCUUUGAGAGGCUAGUUAAGGAUCAUGUCACCUCCACCUUACCCGAAACCCUAGACCCACUACAAUUUGCAUACCGCCCCAACAGAUCCACGGAUGACGCAAUCGCCAUCGCACUGCCCUAUCCUAUCUGGACAAGAGGAAUACCCAUGUAAAAAUGCUGUUCAUCGACUACAGCUCAGCCUUCAACACCAUAGUCCCCUCAGGUUAAUCUCUAAGCUUGGGGCCUUGGGUCUGAACCCCGCCCUGUUCAACUGGGUCCUGGACUUCCUGGCGGGCCGACCCCAGGUGGUGAAGGGGCAACAACACCUCCGCUAUGCUGAUCCUCAACACGGGGGACCCACAACGGUGCAUGCUCAGCCCCCUCCUGUACUCCCUGUUCACUCCCUAUACAACUCAAUCAUCAAGUUCUGAUGACACAACAAUGGUAGGCCUGAUUACCAACAACGACGAGACAGCAUACAGGGAGGCGGUGAGGUCCCUGGCUGAGUGGUGCCAGGAAAAUAACUCUCCCUCAAAUUCAACAAAAUGAAGGAGCUGAUCGUGGACUUCAGGAGACGGCAGAGAGAGCACCCCCCCCCCCCCCCCCCCCCCCCCCACCCCCAUCCUCUUAGACGGGGCCGCAGUGUAGAUGGUGAGACAACCUGAAAUGGUCUAUCCACACAGACAGUGUGGUGAAGAAGGUGCAAUACAGCCUCUUCAAUCACAAGAAGCUGAAGAAAUUCGGUUUGGCCCCUAAGACCCUCACAAACUUCUACAGAUGCACCAUUGAGAGCAUUCUCUCGGGCUGUAUCACCGCCUGGUACGGCAAUUGCACUGUCCUCAAACGCAGGGCUCUCCAGAGGGUGGUGGGGUCAGCCCAAAGCAUCACCGGAGGCACACUGCCUCCCCUCCAGGACAUCUACAGCACCCGGUGUCACAGGAAGGCCAAGAAGAUUAUCAAGAACCUCAGCCACCUGAACCACGGCCUGUUCACCCUGCUACCAUCUAGAAGCCGGAGACAGUACAGGUGCAUCAAAGCUGGGACCGAGAGACUGAAAAACAGCUUCUAUCUCCAGGCCAUCAGACUGUUAAAUAGUCACCACUAGCCGGCCUCCGCUCAGUACCCUGCCCUGAACUUAGUCCCUGUUACUAGCUGGCUACCGCCCGGUACUCAACCCUGCACCUUAGGGACUGCUGCUCUAUGUACUGUACAUAGUCAUUGAACACUGGUCACUUUAAUAAUGUUUCAUACCGUUUUACCCACUUCACAAGUGCCUUCAGAAAAUAUUCAUACCCCUUGACUUAUUCCACAUUUUGUUGUGUUACAGCCCAAAUUCAAAAUUGAUUAAAUUGAUUUUUUGUCUGCAAAAACACUAUAGUGAAUACUUCAGUAAAGUCUGCAGAAACACUACAGUGAAUACUAUAGUAUACUACAGUCAUGUCCGCAAAAGAAACACUACAGUGAAAACUAUAGUAUAUACUUCAGUCAUGUCUGUAAAAACACUACAGUAAAUAAUAUAGCAUACUACAGUCAUGUCGGCAAAAACAAUACAGUGAAUACUAUAGUAAAGUCUGCAGUAUUUUUUUAUUGUGGGAGGCUUUUAGUUCUUUAAGCUCCUCUGUAGCUCAGCUGGUAGCACGGCGCUUGUAACGCCAAGGUAGUGGGUUCGACCCCCGGGACCACCCAUACACAAAAAUGUAUGCACACAUGACUGUAAGUCGCUUUGGAUAAAAGCGUCUGCUAAAUGGCAUUAUAUUAUUAUUAUUUAACUAACAGUAGUCUGGUAGACACCCACACACACCUGAGCGGUGGUCUCAUAAGCCAGGUAGGACAGGAUCUCCAUGGCGACAGUGUUGGGCUUCACCUCCAGACUGCUGCAGUCCAGCCAGUCACGGAACUUAGACGCCUUCUUAGCUACACACACACACACAUAACACCUAUUAGAGACUGGGUUAGGGGAUAAAUGUUGGGAGAAGAAGUGUUACUCACCAAAGCUGAGCUGCCGACUCUCACAGAACUCACUGUACUGAGCACUAUCCAUCCCCCUGGUCUGUCUUUCCAACCUCUACAGAGAGGAGGGGUAAUGAGAGAGAGAGAGUGUGGAGAGAGGAGUUUAUAAUAACUGAGGGGAGCUGCUACCCAGACACCACUUUAACACACUGUGUAUGUGUGUCUGUUUGUGUAUUCUGACCUCCAGUCGUUCCAGUUUGAUGUCAUCUACUUCCUGGUUGUCAGAUAGGGACAGGAACUCUCCUGUCUGGUCCACCCAGGACAAGAAGUCCCCUGCCAGCCGCUGGCGCUUGUUACUCCCGGCAACAACCCACCUGUCUAGCAGUGUAUGUGUGUGUGUGUGAGUGAGAGAGAAAGGUGACCAUGUUAGCCCUCUAAGCAAAAGUCUAGGCACUCUCUGGGAGUACUGGAAGCUAACAAGUCUUCAGGCAGGGUUAAAGUUCUCAGUCACUGCGACGGAUUUCCAACAUAUGGAUUCUGAAGAGGUCGUUUUUUAGAUCAAAAUCUCUGGGGGAUUAUGGGGUGGUUUGGAGUCUGUUCUACGAAAUAUAUUCCCAAAUAUGUUAUUUUCUCUGUUACACUGAACUGACAUGCAUGAUUGUUGAUGACACUCCGAUGUUCAGAUGAAGGGAAUUAAAUAGUCUAUAGAGUUGUGUAGCCAGCCUACUGUAGCAAAGUCAUUCAAUGCCCAUACUUUAUCACUCAGGAAGGAACUUUCCAGUGUUACUAUUUUUGCCAUUUAAUGUUGUUAUUAAAACAAAAUCAGACAACCCCACAGAAGAAUAGUUUACCUAUUUACCUAGUCGGCUUAUUGUUGUGUGUUCUAUGACAGAAAAAUAUUCAUCUCGAGGCGCAUUCAAGGGAAACGUAUUCCGACAAGCAGUAAAUGCACAACCAUUCUUAAUGCAAUCGCAGGAAAACUUUUGAAAGCAGUUUUGGCCUUUGUUUAAUAAAAAAUAGGGGGAUCCCAGUUCUACAUUUCUACCAGGUUUAUUUCUCUACUCCUUCAAUUGUGCUUGUGCCAUUGUUUUACAGAUGCAGUUUUACAACCGGAGUUUCAAGCAUGAUUUACGCGCAGUUGCGCAACAGAGCUCUUAAAAGGGCAAUGACAUACUUUGUAACAGAAACAAACAAAAACUACUUUUUAGAGUAAAUAAUAACUAAUAAUUAUUGAUAUAUUUAUAAUAAAAUAAUAAUAAUAAUGAAUAACAACAAUCAGGAUGUUGUGUCCAAUGGGGUAAAUGCAGAUGGACCAACCCCAUGCUUCAUCCUAUGUAUAUUUUAUAGCAACUAUGCCAAUCUCUGGAGGUGGAAAUCAUAUUUUAGAUGGUGUCAGCAUCAUUUUAUCCUUUUAAAAAGUUACCAGAACUAAGCUUCUCAGUCCUUCUACAUAAAAAUUAUCCCAGGGAGGACCUCGGACCCUCUAAGCAAGGGGACUGGAAUUGGUCAAAUGCGCAGUUUAAUACAUAUACAAAAUGAUCCUCUUUCCUUAAAAACAUGAUGGUCAUGACUUUUUUUACAUGAAAGGGGAGGAUAACAUGGCCCCAGACAAUCGGAGAUUGACUUAAGUUUCAGUCAUGGGAUUUGUUUUGCUUUAACCCCUGACUCUUCAGGUCUCAGGCAAGCAGACAUGUACUGUGUCAAGUACCUGACUCCAGUGGUUCCUCAUCUUCGAUGGUUUUCAGCACUUUAGACUUGUAGUCUCUGAACUGUAGAUACCUUAACAACCUCCUCACCUUCUUCUGUAGGGGGAGAGAGAGAGUGAAGGGGAAGAGAAAGUGAUGGGAGAGAGAGAGAGUGGAGAAUAUGAUGUAGUCUAAAGUAAUACUACAGGCCUCCAGUUUUCUAGUUAACGCCAGUCAGCUGAAAUCUGUACUUUACAGGUAUUGCAGGCAGAAAAUAGUGUGAGUGUAUGGUGUGUCUGUGUAUGGUGUGCGUGUGUAUAUAGCUGGUGUACCUUGUCUCUCCUCAUGAGGAACAGGAUGUCCUCAGCUGAGAUGACCCUUGACCCCCUAAGCACCGCCCCCUCACACGCCUGCUGUAGCUACACACACACACACACACACAUAUGUUCUUUAAAAUUGCUUUCCUCUCCAUCUUAAAUAAGCAUGCCCCAUUCAAAAAAUGCAGAACUAAGAACAGAUAUAGCCCCUGGUUGACCCCAGACUUGACCAGCACAAAAACAUCCUGUGGCGUACUGCAUUAGCAUCGAACAGCCCCCGCGAUAAGCAACUUUUCAGGGAAAUCAGGAACCAAUAUACACAAUCAGUUAGGAAAGCAAAGGCUAGCUUUUUCAAACACAAAUGUGCAUCCUGUAGCACUAACUCCAAAAAGUUUUUGGGACACUGUAAAGUCCAUGGAGAAUAACAGCUCUGCACCCUCCGCUGCAACUUGCCCAUGCCCCCCCCCCCCCUCUUCUCCUUCUAAAAUUAGCCGCCGAAAUUGUCGCAACCCCUAUUACUAGCCUGUUCUACCUCUCUUUCAUAUCGUCUGAGAUCCCCAGAGAUUGGAAAGCUGCCGCGGUCAUCCCCCUCUUCAAAGGGGGUGACACUCUAGAUUCAAACUGUUACAGACCUAUAUCCAUCCUGCCCUGCCUUUCGAAAGUUUUUGAAAGCCAAGUUAACAAACAGAUCACCGACCAUUUCGAAUCCCACCGUACCUUCUCCGCUAUGCAAUCCGGUUUCCGAGCUGGUCAUGGGUGCACCUCAGCCACGCUCAAGGUCCUAAACAAUAUUAUAUCCGCGAUCGAUAAAAGAUAGUACUGUGCAGCCGUCUUCAUGGACCUGGCCAAGGCUUUCGACUGUCAAUCACCGCAUUCUUAUUGGCUGACUAAAUAGCCUUGGUUUCUCAAAUGACUGCCUCGCCUGGUUCACCAACUACUUCUCAGAUAGAGUUCAAUGUGUCAAAUCGGAGGGCCUGUUGUCUGGACCUCUGGCAGUCUCUAUGGGGGUGCCACAGGGUUCAAUUCUCGGGCCGACUCUAUUCUCUGUGUAUAUCAAUGAUGUCGCUCUUGCUGCUGGUGACUCUCAGAUCCACCUCUACGCAGACGACACCAUUUUGUAUACAUCUGGCCCUUCAUUGGACACUGUGUUAAACCUCCAAACAAGCUUCAAUGCCAUACAACACUCCUUCCAUAGCCUCCAACUGCUCUUAAACGCUAGUAAAACUAAAUGCAUGCUCUUCAAUCGAACACUGCUUGCACCCGCCCGCCCGACUAGAAUCACUACUCUCGGCGGGUCUGACUUAGAAUAUGUGGACAACUACAAAUACCUAGGUGUCUGGUUAGACCGUAAACUCUCCUUCCAGACUCACAUUAAGCAUCUCCAAUCCAAAGUUAAAUCCAGAGUCGGCUUCCUAUUUCGCAACAAAGCCUCCUUCACUCAUGCUGCCAAACAUGCCCUCGUAAAACUGACUAUCCUACCGUUCCUUGACUUAGGCGAUGUCAUUUACAAAAUAGCCUCCAACACUCUACUCAGCAAAUUGGAUGUAGUCUAUCACAGUGCCAUCCGUUUUGUCACCAAAGCCCCAUAUACUACCCACCAUUGUGACCUGUACGCUCUCGUUGGCUGGCUCUCACUACAUAUUCGUUGCCAAACCCACUGCCUCCAGGUCAUCUAUAAAUCACUGCUAGGCAAAUCCCCGCCUUAUCUUAGCUCAUUGGUCACCAUAGCAACACCCACCCGUAGUAUGCGCUCCAGCAGGUAUAUCUCACUGGUCAUCCCCAAAGCCAACACCUCCUUUGGCUGCCAUUCCUUCCAGUUCUCUGCUGCCAAUGACUGGAACGAACUGCAAAAAUCUCUGAAGCUGGAGACUCUUAUCUCCCUCACUAACUUUAAGCAUCAGGUGUCAGAGCAGCUUACCGAUCACUGCACCUGUACACAGCCCAUCUGAAAUUAGCCCACCCAACUACCUCAUCCCCAUAUUGUUAUUUAUUUUGCUCAUUUGCACCCCAGUAUCUCUAUUUGCACAUCAUCUUUUGCACAUCUCUCUCUCCAGUGUUAAUACUAAAUUGUAAUUAUUUUGCACUAUGGCCUAUUUAUUGCCUUACCUCCAUAACUUACUACAUUUGCACACACUGUAUAUAGAUUUUCUAUUGUGUUAUUGACUGUACGUUUUGUUUAUCCCAUAUGUAACUCUGUGUUGUUGUUUUUAUCGCACUGCUUUGCUUUAUCUUGGCCAGGUCGCAGUUGUAAAUGAGAACUUGUUCUCAACUGGCUUACCUGGUUAAAUAAAAAUUAAAUUAAAUAAAGAGAAGAGAGGAGUUAGUGUUUAGUAGCUGAAAAGGUUUGUCAGUAUCAGAGAGAGAACAGGGACUAAAAAUGUGUGUGUGUGUUACCAGGUUGAUGAGUUGGGUAUGUACAAUGUCCUCCACCAGAGCAGCAGUCUCAUGUAGGGGUCUGCGAGCAUCUCCCAGAGCAAACCUAGAACACGCACACACACACACACACGAGACGGGUUAGAAACACACACACACACAGGAUGCAGGCUCUGUUCUAGUAGGUGAGGUUGAGGGAUGUGGUGUAUCUCUAUGCAAAGGUUGGGUUGAACACCUGAGAAUCUGUGAGAGUGUGACGGCAGUGAUGUCAUAGUCAGAUGAAUGUGGUUCGUCCAAUGAGGGUGGAGCAAGGGAGUAUGGUGACCACGCUGUGGUCCGAACGCCAUCACACAGACCGCUCUAGGACCACAGAACCACAACGCAGACCGUCUCUGUGUGGCAGACCAGGACCCGACCACACAACAACCCUUCGUCACUACGGUCAACCUACUGCUGAAGCUAGCUGGUUACUCUGUGAUACACUGUUGUCAUGGCGUCCAACAGCCUUUUCAGCCCGAGUCAACACAACCUCUACUGGGGUAAGUGGAUCUAUCUGUCUGCCUGUGUGUGUGUGUUUUUGGGGCAAUCUGACUCAGUGUGUGUAGUUACAUCAUGCUCUGUAUUUCGGGGAUGAAGCUGGUCCGUGUGGGUGGGCGGUCCCUCGCUGCGCUGGAAGAGCCUGCCAUGGGACUGCUGCUCAUCACCUACACACACACCAGGGUCGUGUUCAGGAAGACAACAUUACAACGAUUUAUGUUAGAAAUAUAGGCUACUGUGUAGAACAGAUAUGAUUGUUAUUACAUAGUAAUUGCAUAGGGAAACAUGUCAGCUCUAUAAAAUAAAUGUAUAUCGGCACAUACAUACGGUUUAUUAACAAAACUGAAGUUGUUGGGUGUGUUGACUCAGUCAUAUUUCAAGUCUGUUUCUCUAUGAACUAGUAGCCUAAACACACACCACAGUUACACAAACAUGUUUUUGGUAGCACAGAAAAACAGCUAUACACAAACACACACUGUCUACAAACACACACAGUGGUUAAACGCACACAAACACGCACACACAUUGUGGUCUGUUGUAAACAAAAGAACAGGAUGGAGUCACUCAACCAGAAUUGAGCUCAGGCAAAUCAGCUGUUGCUAUUGUCACAAUAUGGAUUUGAGUGUUUUUGUUCGCUGCUUGGCUGAACUCUUAACCACUGCCUUCCUCUCCCUCCCUACCUUCACUCUCUCAGUGUUUGCAUGAGCGAAUCCUGUGGGACAGUCGUUCCUGUAUUCAAACCUGUGGCUGUAGACAGACAGAGAGAGGGGAUGUAUAGCGCACGCACACAUGCAGGCACACACACUCCCAUUCUCCAGCUAGUAAACAGGUCUGUCACUUUCUCCCAUAACCCUGCCAGAACCAGUCAGAUUGAAGUUAGGGGGCAAAUAGUAAAGUAGGCUAGUCGAAUGUCUUUAGAAGGUGUUAGAAUAAUCCAAUCUUACCGUGAUUCAACGAUUUUGUAGAAGAUUAUUUGUCCCUCGUCACUGGUUUCUUUACAAACCACUGCUGCAUUUGGAUAAACUGCUUGUCGUUUUGUCGCACAGUGAAAGACGUCAGCAAAGUUGAUCCCGUCACGGGCUUGUUGCGCCACCUGGUGGACAGCAGCUGACGAACUAGUUUGGCCUGUUUUAUGGAGGCUGUGCGAAGUCCUGCCUGACUCGUGUGUGUGCUGUUUAACCCUUUUUUUUUAUAUCUUUUUUUUACAAUACUUAAAUAUGUAAACAAUACAAUGCUGUAUGCAUAAAAAGAAAAAAAGUCGCACACUAUAUGCUCCCAACAAUGCUAUUUACUAGCCUGUUGAAUGUAGCCAUAUUACUUCAGAGGGAUCUUUACUUGUCGGCUCAUAAAGAUCUUGUUGAGUUUCAUCAUGUUGCUUAUUCCCCCAGAUCCCCAGAUCACCAGCCAUAGGUUCAGUCCCCCGCUCCCUGGUAAGGCCAGAGAUGGGACAGUGGGAGUGACAGCUCAGCAUGAGGACAGCGGCCCCCGGAGUACAGAGGACAUCCCUGCUGAGUUCAGGCCCACCGACAGCCCCAACUUUCUGGUGUCAAGCCUCCCCGCACACUGGCGUUGCAACAAGACUCUGCCACGUGCCUUCACGGUAACACACACACAGUGGUGUAAAGUACUUAAGUAAAAAUACUUUAAAGUGCUACUUAAGUAGUUUUUUUGAGUAUCUGUACUUUACUUUACUAUUUAUAUUUUUGACAACUUUUGCUUUUACUAGAAAAUAAUGUACUUUUUACACCAUACAUUUUCCUCUGACACCCAAAAGUACUUGUUACAUUUUGAAUGCUUAGCAGCACAGGGAAAUUGUCCAAUUUACACACUUAUCAAGAGAACAUCCCUGGUCAUCCCCAUUGCCUCUGAUCUGGCAGACUCACUAAAGACAAAUGCUUUAUUUGUAAAUUAUGUCUGAGUGUUGGAGUGUGUCCCUGGCUGUCCAUAAAUAAAUAAAAAACAAGAAAAUUGUGCCUUCUGUUUGGCUUGAUAUAAGGAAUAAGAAAUUAUUUAUACUUUUACUUUUACUUUUGAUACUUAAGUAUAUUUUAGCAAUUACUUUUACUUUUGAUACUUAAGUAUAUUUAAAACCAAAUACUUUUAGGCUUUUACUCAAGUAGUAUUUUACUGGGUGACUUUCACUUUUGCUUGAGUCAUUUUCUAUCAAAGCAUCUUUACUUUUACUCAAGUAUGACAAUUGAAUACUUUUUCCACCACUGCACACACACACACACACACACACACACACACACACACACACACACACACACACACACACACACACACACACACAGUCUCGAUUUUGAGUCUUCAUCACUUGACCUCAUAUCAAAAUAAAAGUCCCCUUCUUUCAGCUUGCCAGUGUUUACAGUACACAGUGUGCGCAUGGGAGUGGUACUGAAAGGUUUAGUGAGGGGACCAUUGAACAUCUCUCCCCUCCCCAUUUAAUUUGUCCUCCAUCCCCCCUCCGUCCUCCCUCUCCAGGUGGUUGCCCUGGGUGAUGUAAGUGACGGUGUUCUAGUCACGGUGAUGGCGGGGAAUGAUGAGAACUGUUCAGCUGAGCUACGUAACGCCACCACGCUGAUGACAUCACGCACAGCACGCUUCAAUGACCUCCGCUUUGUAGGACGCAGUGGGAGAGGUGUGUUUGUGUGUGUUUGUGUACAAUAGUAUACAUGUGUGGGUCUGUGUGUGUGUGAUUGUGUUCAAUAGUGUACGUGUGUGUGUAUGUCUAACAUGUCUCUCUCUCUCUCUCUCUCUGUAGGUAAAAGCUUUAAUCUGACCAUAACAGUGUUCACAAGUCCUCCCCAGGUGGCCACGUACCACAGAGCUAUCAAAGUUACUGUAGACGGACCUAGAGAGCCACGCCGUGAGUACACACACACACACACACACACACACACACACACACACACACACACACACACACACACACACACACACACACACACAGAGACUCAGGUUUUUGAACGGGGACAUCUGUGUCCUUCUCUGAUUGAAGAGGGCUAUAGCUACUUGUGUAUGCUGCUCUCUGAUAGGUCACAGGCAGAAGCUGGAGGUGGGGCCAAAAACAGGGCUUUUCAGGGUUGCCAUGCCGAUGCAGAGUCUCCGCACCUUCAACAACCUCACCAACCCUCCAACAAGAGGUGAGAACAGAGCAGUACAACUCUUUCUGUGUAUACUGAUGGGGCAAAGUUUUCUGAUAUUUUCAUGAGCUACUAGUGAGACGCCAUGAUGUUAUAUGAAACGCUCAUUGCUCUUUUACUCCUUCCCUCCAUCACUUUCCCUGUCUCGCUCCCUUCCUUUCCUGUCUCUCUCCCUUCCUUUCCUGUCUCUCUCCCUUCCUUCCCUGUCUCUCGCCCUCAUUCUUUCUCUAUUCCCUGCUCCUUUCAUUCUCUCUCUCUCCAGCCUUCCCUCUCUCAGACUCUAGGCCCCUUUCCUCACCCCCCUGGACCAAUGAUCAAUCUUACCCCUUCUCAUCCUCAAGAACCACUGGCCUCUCAGGUACGCAUGCAUGCACGCACACACGCGCACACACAGUAACACAAUGAUGUGCCCUCUGACUCUGUGUGUGUCUGUUUUCCAGGUGUGUGUGAGCUGGCCGCUGGGUUUGAUCGCCCGUUCCCCCCCCUCUCCUCAUUCUCCUCCACUCCCAGAAUGCACUUCUCCUCCUUCCCCUACUCCGUCACCCCCCCUCCUCCCUCCUACCUUCCCCCCCCUUUCCCCACUCUCCCCCCCCACACCCACAGUGGACUCUUCCAGCCCAGCAGCAGCCCCAUCCUCUACUAUGGAGCCUCUGCCGGGACCAACCACUACGUCUCACUGCCAGAGGGGGACAGGACAAACCACUUUACCUCAGUACCGGGGGGAGCGCAGGCCCCCACAGCCGGGCUGGCCAAUCAAAUGGAGGGUAGGGGGGAGGAGCCUGUGUGGAGGCCAUAUUGA